AUGGUAGAACUUUUGUAUUUGGGUCACAUAAUCAGCAAAGAGGGAGUUCGCAUGGAUCCCGAUAAGGUUCAUGCCAUUGUUAAUUGGCCUACUUCUGAGACCUUUAUUCAACUCAGGGGACUUGUUGGUUUAUGUGCCUUCUACCGUCGGUUUGUUAGUGGUUCUUCAUGGCAUGCUACACCACUCACUGAUUUGACCAAGAAGGGUGCAUUUGUUUGGACACAUCUCGCACAGGAGUGUUUUGAGAAGUUCAAGAAAUUGAUGACUACAUGUCCAGUUCUUGCUUUACCCGAUUUCACCAAACCUUUUGAGCUUCAUUGUGAUGCAUGUGGAGAGGGUAUUGGUGUAGUAAUUAUGUAG